GACGCUGUGGAGGCUGCGCUGGCGUCGCUGCCGUCGUCGGGGGGCGUCGAGGAGUGCCUCCGCGGGUUCAGCGAGGACGUUGCUGUGCCGCCGUUCACGCUGGCGGAGGACGCGCCUGUGCUGGCGAAGGCGUUCGGCACGAUCACUCCGUCGACGCGCCUGCGCGACAUCAUGGAUGUGCUGCGCGCGGACGGCAGCGCGUUCGCUGCGAGGACGCUUGAGGUGAUGGAGCGCAACUCACCGGUGGGCAUGACGCUUGCACUGGAGAACAUGAAGCGGCAGCACACGCCUGGGUGCAACACCGUGAUGGAGAGCUUCCGUGGCGACUACACGAUGGUUCAGACUUCCAUUUGUGCGGAUGGGCUGGCGAAGGGCGUGGAGGCGCUGCUUGUCACGAAGGAUAAGCGCCCGCAGUGGACGGUGGGGUCUGUGGAUGAGCUCGAUGUGGAGCUCGUGAAGCAGCAGCUUACUCUCACUGAGGGGAGGGCUUCUUUGUUCACAGCUGGAAAAGGCUGA